UAAUUUAAAAAAUAUUUUAAAUGUUGUUUAGCUUUGUUUUGCGCAUUUCUGUGAGGUUUUGGGUUGGACGGGCGAGCAGGAAGCGGGGAAAGACCAGGCAGGCAAGCAGGGAAUUCGGGGUUUAUUAAGGAUCGGUACGGAAGAGACAAGGCAGACGGCGACAAACUCAGAGCUACUAACAUUACUAACAUUAAUGACAAGUCUGGGGAAGACGGCCUCUGACGCGGACUAAAUACAAAAGACAAGACGAAAAUAACAAGAAACAGCUGGACAUGAUCAGGGAAGCACACGUGGAUGAUCAGGGGGUGUGGCACACGAGGACCGGAUGAGCCGGGCAUUACAAUUUCUGUAUGGUCAGCCAAUUAUUUAACAUACAACAGCAUCUAAAUAUUAAUAUUUGUGUAUAUAAACAUCAUGUAUUAAAACAGUUCACUGUCAGUUAUUUAAAAAUAUAAAAUAACUUUAAUUGUGUUUUACAAUUAAAAAAGUAUUAUCCAAAAGGCAUGUCUUAUGGCUUCUAGUGCAGGUUGUUCCCCAUCUCAUACCUUGCUUCCUGGGAUAGCUUCAAGGUUUACCGCUACCCUGCAUUGGAUAAGCACUGGAUAAGCACUGGAAAAACACUGGAUAAACACUUCCCUCUAUCUUCAUUAAGGCCAUCUCCACUCUCAUCCAUAAAUGAAAUCCCUUCUACCGUUCAUCCCCAUGUCAACUGACUAUGUACACCUUCCCGACAGGAACAAAUCUUACAGAGUUACUCUGGGGGGGGAAACAUGACAUUUUCUACUCACAGAAACAGAUGUUAACCUUGUGUUAAAGGGACAAUAUUUUUCUUAUACUAAAACUUUAGUACACUGUAAAAAAAUGCUAUUUGGACUGCUGGCAUGUCAAGAACACACUGAAGCCAAAUUCUAAGAUCUUUAUUUUGUUUGGUAAGAAAACCAGACAUGAGCCGUGUGAAAAUGAAGGAUCUACCAAAUAUGCUUGAUAUUAUCAAAGCUAAUGCUGAAAACCAGAAAACACACAGUUCAUGUAACGAAUGAACAGCCAAAGCUUUAGUAUCACUCAAAUCUAAAAACGUUGAUGAAGGAAAGUGGCUUAAUAUGAAAGGUGCAAAUUGAGCAGAACAUUACAGAUCACCGAAGGACAUAAGCCUUUGACAUGCCUAAUUUUUAUGGAAAAGUGUUAAAUUGUAUAAUCCAAGUGGUGCAUCAUCAGCUUGACAUGAUUAAAAAAAGGUAAAACCCGGAUGUAGGUGAAUCCAAGUUAAAGAAGUGUGAGCAAAUGUUAGGCAAGGAGUUCGCUUUUUAUAUUACUAUAUAGCGCGUGUAAUUUUCCAGGCACUUUUGGAAAAAGAUUAGUCUUCACUGCUUGGACUUAAACUAGAGUUCACAGGAUGGGAGGAAACCAGACUGAUGCUAAUUCAAGAAAUACCCACAUAAAGACUUCUGUGUAAAAUGCAGGUUUUGUUUUUUUUUUUAACCACAUCAACUUCCUUUCAAGACACACAAUCAUCAGGGUCCAUGGUUUACUUGGGGAGCUCAGUCUGUUCAUUGUUGAAAGCAUCCAUGCCUGAAUAUGAACAUAAUACAUUCAUUUAGCAGAUGGACUGCAAUCAGUGCAAUGCUUGGUUCUGACUCAAUGCUUCAAUGUAGUUCUCAGUCAAUGCAUCCUUCAUCCGUAACAGCUCAUGAAGAACAUGUUUACAAAUACGGUUCCACACCUGAUACAUGAAACACUGCAUUGAUUAGCAAACUGAAGUUAAAAUCAGAAGCAAUGGGUAUACAGGUUGCAUACUGUUGUGCUGCUAAGUUAAAAUAAGGUAAGGCCUGUGUAAUGUGUACCUACAUGAAAUGUUUACAAGUUUGGACUUAUUGGCCACCCAAGUGGCACCUGAUCGAUGUAACUGCAAAUUAAAUAGUGCAGAUAAAAGGUCUGUUGCCCCAGGAACAGACUGAAAGUUCCAGGCAUGGCCGGUGAAUGAACUAGCAAGGGAGGCAGGAUUGAUCCUGGAGAUGGGCACCGUGCCACAACCUGUUUACUUUGUUGCUGUCCUUGUCAUUUCUUUAUCAGAAGCAUGGCACAGACAGUGUGUGCAGGAACAUCACAUCUCAUCACUGAAGUGAUAGCUUGGUAGAGGCCAGACAAACAAAGGACCUCAGUCUGAUUGCCCGAUGGAAAAAACCUUCCACGCUCCAUACACAGUAAUCACUGGGGCAUCAGAUGGGAUUGGGAAAGCAUACGCAUUUGAGCUUGCAAAGCAUGGGAUGGAUCUGGUCAUCAUAAGCCGAACUCAGAGGAAGCUUGAGAAGGCUGCAAGGGAAAUAGGAGCAAGAACUGGGAAACAAGUGAAAGUGAUUGCUGCCGACUUUACCAAGGAUGACAUAUACGAACAUAUAGAGAAGAAUCUGGGUGGUUUAGAGGUUGGUGUGCUAGUGAACAAUGUGGGGAUGCUGUUGUGCAGGCAGCCUCAUCGGUUCCUGGACAUCGAGCAGCUAGAUCAGAAAAUUCCAGAUCUGAUCAACUGUAAUAUAAAGGCAUUAAUGAAGAUGUGCAGGAUAAUCUUACCUGCUAUGGUGAAAAGGAAGAAGGGGCUGAUCCUGAAUGUUUCGUCGGGUGUGGCUUGUUCGCCCUGGCCCAUGUACUCCCUCUAUGCGGCUUCCAAGGUGUUUGUUCAGAGAUUUUCUCGAUGCCUCCAAGCCGAGUAUAAAGCAAACGGGAUCAUAAUCCAGGCUGUCACCCCCUUUGGAAUAUCUACGUCAAUGACGGGUUAUCAGGACCCCAACUUCAUCACAUUUACAGCUGAAGACUUUGUAAGAACAUCCCUGCAGUACGUGACAGCAGGAGACCAAACAUAUGGCAGCGUCUCCCAUCAACUCCUGGGGUCAGCCAUUCAGAACAUUCCAAAAAGUAUCUUGCAUAGUGAUGUCCUGCUGGAUAGCAUGGUGGAAUAUGUGAACAAAAAAAUUUCUAUUCAGAAAAAGAAUGAAUGCUCCAAAACAUCAGAACUUGCAAAAUGAGACUUAACCUUGGUGUCACAAUAGACCCAAACUUUUGCCCAGAAAUGCCACUGUAACAUUCCUAAAGGCAUAUUUAAUGUAUUUUAUGUUAAACGUAGUCUCAUUUCAGUUUUCAUUUUUGUUAUUUAAGUGACUUGUUUGUAAUCACUUCUGCUAAAUAAAGUGUAUGUAUGUUUGUAUGUAUGUAUUUACAGACACACACACAUAUACACACAUGGUUCAUGAUUUCAGAUAGUCAGCUGUUAGAAAUUUGAUUUAUUUUAAAUUAUUCCCUCUUUGUCACAAUGUUUCCUUCAAUGCAGCUAUAAAUAGUUCAUGUUCAUGUAACACAUAAUAACACCUGUGUAGUAAUUAAGCCAUUGGACACCACCAGUGUUGUUUCACUCACACAGAUCAAUGUCAAGGUUUAUACAUCAGAAUUUUACCUAACUUUCACAACCAUCCAUCCAUGUUUCCACUGAUGUACUUAUCUAACUGUAUAUCUUUCUGCAUCUACCCAUAUGAAUUCAGGACAAAACCAGAAUACACGGAGAAUAGCAGGGAGAGUGUGCAAACUCCACAAGCACAGAGGGGUGUGAUUCAAAUAGGAAUCCUGGAGUGUGAAGCACCUCCCUUUUUUUACAUCACGAAUCAGGCAUGUCACCAGUAAAAUGAAAGGGUUGCGACACACAGUAGAAUUUUACCACUGCUGAACAGUAGAAUGAUAGAUUUCCUGGACAUUCCAAGAACUUGGUCAAUGCCUGGCUUAAUAUAUCAAGGAAAUUAUCUUUUUUUAUUUAAUGUUUCAAAUUAUCUGCAUUUGUACAUUUUCCAAAUAAAACAAACAAAUCAUUUC